AUGAAGCUCACGCACAACCACAGCGUCGACCGCAAGGCCAUCGACGUCAAGCUUCGCCUCGCAUCAAAACUAACGGAGGAGCAGCUGGGUCAAGUGAAACAGAUGACAAGAAGAAGCAAGUGCCUGGACGCCUUCGUCGUUGCCUUGAACCAGACUUGCGAUGGACAAGAAAAACGUUGGUAUGCGUCUACCCUGGAGCUGCAGCUCGUGUCGCUGGAAUUUUGUGGCGCGUGCAGGCAUGUCCCAACCUUGCACGUGCGUGUCGAUCGACGAACUCCUCGGAGCUUGUGGUCUCCGCGCACAACGCCUAUCACAGCCCACAAGCGCAGUCGAAAGGUGCUCGAGGGCUGGCAGUUCAAAUAUCGCGGAGGACGUCUCGGGUAG